AAUUUUUUUUCUCCUUUAGUUGGGCACGCUUGGAGCAGGAAACCAUUAUGCUGAAAUUCAAGUAGUGGAUGAAAUUUAUGACAAAUGGGCAGCUAGUAAAAUGGGGAUAGAGGAGAAAGGCCAAGUGUGUGUCAUGAUUCAUUCAGGUUCUCGUGGUUUUGGACAUCAGGUGGCGACUGAUGCUCUUGUUGCAAUGGAGAAAGCAAUGAAAAGGGAUAAUAUUGAAACAAAUGAUAGGCAGCUAGCUUGUGCUAGAAUCAAAUCUCAAGAAGGACAGGAUUACCUGAAGUCCAUGGCUGCAGCAGCAAACUUUGCAUGGGUCAAUCGCUCCUCAAUGACAUUUUUAAGUCGACAGGCUUUUGCAAAGCAGUUCCAGAUGAGUCCUGACGAUCUAGACAUGCAUGUAAUCUACGAUGUCUCUCACAAUAUUGCCAAGAUUGAACAGCACUGGGUAGAUGGAAAACUUCGCACAUUGUUGGUUCAUAGAAAGGGUUCAACUCGGGCCUUCCCACCACACCAUCCCCUUAUUCCUGUUGAUUAUCAGUUGACAGGACAACCUGUGCUGAUUGGUGGAACAAUGGGCACUUGUUCUUAUGUAUUAACAGGAACUGAGCAGGGCAUGAUGGAAACUUUUGGGUCUACAUGUCAUGGUGCUGGCCGUGCUCUGUCUCGUGCAAAGUCACGCAGAAACUUAGAUUACACUGAUGUCCUAAUGAAGCUUCAAGAACAAGGCAUAAGCAUUAGAGUGGCAUCUCCAAAACUUGUCAUGGAAGAAGCUCCAGAGUCUUAUAAAAAUGUUACUGAUGUCGUUGAUACUUGUCAUGCAGCGGGAAUCAGCAAGAAAUGCAUCAAACUCCGACCAAUAGCAGUCAUCAAAGGAUAAUUGUACACAAUGAAAUAUGAUACUCGUAUAUCAUAAUAAUUAAUAUUUCCUACAAUUCAUUUGUAUCAUUACACUAUUUAACACGUUUUCUCCUUAGACUAAAGAACACACAUGUUUUUAUAGAAAACAAAUACAAAAAUCCAGGUCACUAUUUGCAAAAUCCACACUAUUGUGCCAUAUGAAAAUAAAUGUUCUUUGACUUGGACAAGUUCAUAUUUGGUAUCUUUUUGAAAUUAAUUUAUUUUAUUGAUUACGAUACUGAGACCUUUACCUGGAGUAAUUUGGGGAGGGAUGGGAGGGGGGGGGAUGACUAGUGAAUAUUGAUAGACAUUUGCUUGGAAUAAAGAUUUAAACAUU